AUGACGACUUCAGCGCCCAUACCACAUGCAUACGUUGCAACAACGCCAACGAGCCAUUUGCCACAUACAACACCUUCUUGCAUAGCAAAACCAAAAUUACUGGAUGAGCUAUCAGAAGAGAAACAAGCCUAUGUCGUUGAUUUUUUAAACGACACCGUUUUUGCCGAGGAAGACGAAGAGCAACAAGUCGAAAGCGUCGAUCAACUGAGCCAUGUACUGCGAGAUGGCAUUGUAUUAUGCAAGUUACUCAACAUCUUACGACCGGGGACCGUUCGCAACAUUGGCCAAAAGGAUUUAUCCUUUGUCAAAAUGGAUAACAUUGUUCGAUUCUUACAUGGUGCUCGUCAGCUUGGAUUGGAAGAAAGUCAGCUGUUUGAAGCAACAGAUUUAUUCGAGGGUAAAAACCUGACACCAGUUUUGUACACUAUUCUCGUGCUGGCACAGUAUAAGCAAGACCCAUCCCAUUUUAGUCGUCGGGCAUCAUCCGUUGGCAAGGAGAAUGAUCACAUCAAGGAGAAGAACGGCCACUGUCAGGAGAACAAGAAGAAAAAUAUGUCCAGAUUGAGUAAUGCUAUCAACGAACUUGCAGUAAUGGAUGAUGACGAUCUUCACCCAUAUCAACAGCCACCACCACAACCAUCAUCGUCAUUGUCGUCAUCCUUAUCAUCCUCAUCCUCAUCAUCCAAUAUCCUGUUUAAUCACUCACACCUUUUCCCUUCUCAUGAACAAUCAUCCUCCUCCUUUUCCCCUGAUGCUGGGUAUUCCAUUGAUACCAAUUACAGAUUUCCCUCUCCUUCUCCACUACCAUCCUUAUCCUCAGGCUCCCGUCCACCACGAUCGCCACUACGUUUGUCAUCAAACUCACUUUCCAAUCGCAACCGUCAAAGCCACUAUAUUGCAUCAACUUCACUAUCGCAACUAAUUCCUGAAAAUGAACCACUCGAUAUCGACGAACAAGCUGCAAGGUUCUACAAUUUCGAUCGUCGUCGUCCAUCAGCUCCCACUAUCAGUAUGCGCCAUCGUGAACAAAGCGAUUCGUUGGUAGAAGAGUGUAUGGUUACCAUGUCGCGCAAUACGUCGAUCGACUCCUCUGCUCCUGGCUGUGAAGGGUCAAGAAGAAGUAGCUUGCUGAUUCAAGAUGCACGUGAGACGCUAUCGUUAAAGAGCAGAGAUGGGACACCGACAUCCCAAUUUCAACUAGGGAAUUGCAUUGGAAAGGGUCAAUUUGGAUCCGUAUACAAAGCCCUUGAUUUGACGACCGGUGAGAUUGUUGCUGUGAAACGACUUCAAGUUGGCGAAGACGGCAUGCUGGAUGAGGAGAUUAUGAAAGAAGUCGCUCUCUUACGCACCUUGUCACAUACCAACGUUAUCAGCUAUUUGGGAUUUGUUCGUAGCAAGAACCACAUCAACAUUGUGCUCGAAUAUGCUGAAAAUGGAUCUUUAAUGUCGACGCUCAAAGCAUUUGGUGCCUUUCCGGAAAAGCUAGUCGCUUCAUUUUGCGUCAAGAUUUUGAAUGGCCUUGAGUAUCUUCACGAGAAUUCGGUCGUCCACUGUGAUCUCAAGGCCGCCAAUAUCCUUACCACCAAGACGGGCGAUGUCAAGUUGACUGAUUUUGGUGUGUCAUUGAACAUGAAAAUCAAGGAAAAUACAGAAGAUGGGGCUAUAUCUGGAACACCUAAUUGGAUGGCACCCGAAGUUAUCGAACUCAAAGGUGCAACGCCCAAGUCUGACAUCUGGUCGCUUGGAUGUACCAUUGUUGAGCUAGCCACUGGGAAACCACCGUAUGCAAACCUGAUUGCCAUGUCAGCCAUGUUUCGCAUUGUUGAAGAUGAUUGCCCACCUAUACCCGAAAAUUUGUCUGAUGAUCUACAAGACUUUUUACGUAAUUGUUUCCAAAAGGACCCCGAUCAGCGCCCCAGUGCAGCUCAUUUGAAACAGCAUCCAUGGAUCAUCCAACACCAGCAGAAAUCAUCAGCAGCUUCAUCAUCUUCGAUUAAAAGAAGGAUGCGACAGCCAUCUAUUGUAUCAGAGGAGGAAGAGAGUAUCAUAUCCGAAGAACCACCAACCAUUGAGAAUGAGCGCAACCUGCAAUAUCCAAGGGUGUAUUACAACAUCAUGCCUGAUGAGUGUUCAAAGGACAAUGGAUCGGAUGGUGGCCUAAGCCGGAGAAGCACGCUGGAUGAGCAAGCUGGUGAAAAUGAGCAACUCCCCCCUGGAGCACAUCGAUUCACUCAAACGAACUUUGGAAGAACGAUUGAAUGCAAAGUAUGCGAUGGCAAACUUGAGGAACAAGUGUCUUUUUGUGAAGUGUGUUCCUUGGUUUGUCACGAUGAAUGCAGACAUCAAGCCUUUUCAUGUCCACCCAAAGUGAAUAAUCAACAGCCCUCUUAUGAUUGGGUGUUUUCUGCAAAGAUCUACAAUCACCGUCGUGAUCAACAUGUGAUGCCCAAAGGAAUCCCAUCCAUGGAACCCGAGUUUGCUCGCAUACGUUGUGCAUCCGAAUCCUCGUCGCUCGAUUUCUUAAAGCGUCAUCCACAAGCUGCCAACAUCCGCAAGUAUACCGAGGCUCUUGGCCUAACACCACACGAAGUCAAGGCGCUAUGUGAGAAUCCAGCAUUACUCUCACAUACGAUCGCUAUGCAGGAACACCAACAGCGAUUGGGUGCCGAGGAUAUAGGACGUCAAGGAGGCAGCAGCAGGAAAACACGGAGUAGAAAGAAUAGUGCUGUAGCUGCUUUCACAUCCUCUUCUGAUGAGCAGUGUAUCAUUAGUUGA